AGCGAAGAGAUUUUGUUCUCAAAAAAGAUAUGAUGCUGUUUAUUUUGAUGGGAGAUUCAAUAAGGCCAUCAAAGUGGGACAAGUUUCGAGAAGAGGACUCUUUGUCUGGGAUACUGGUGAUAGAGAAAACAGAAUGGAAAUAUACAAGUUCAGAGAAGAUUUUGUCACUGAACAAUAUCAGUGGCAAUUAGAGAGAUCAGAUAAUUUCUAUCAAUCAGAUUGGAAAAAUUUUGUAGUGACUUCUGGGCUGUAUAUCGAGAAUAAGGAUGCUUUGAUUGAAAUUUUUCAGUUUGAUUCGUUUGAUUUAAGGCUAGAUUCAGAAACUACAGAUCGUUUUCGUUAUGCUGUAUACUUAGAUAUGCGUAAUGAAAAAGUUAAUGAUCAUUUAACCAUUUCAGCAGAACAUUGGUUGCAAACUAAGCAAAGAAUACCCGAUUUAUAUGGAUUAUUCUUACAAAAUAACCUUAAAAUGAAAGAUGAUCAAACUUUCUUUCCAGAAAUUGUUAUCAAUUUAAUGCAACUUGUAGAAAGAGUUGAGGAAUAUGAAAUCACUGGAAAACACUUUGCCCUUGUCUCCUUAAACAAAUUUCAGUUGUAUUAUUUUUUCAUUAGGGUUCCAGAUACAAAUUCAAGUCAAAUCAAAUGGAGAGCAUAUGCUCAUGAUUACGAGAAAAAUAGUGGCCUAUUAGAAGAGGAAUUUGGAUUGGAUGGAGAAAAAUUUGUGAUUACUGGUGAAGUCGAAAUUAAUGAUAAAACAUAUCUUUACAUUUAUGAUAAUGAAUACGAAUAUUCAUUCGGUGUGGAAAUUCUUGAUGUCAUGCCAUUGAAAUUAUCUCCUGAAACGAAGGAUAUUCAAGAAAGUAUAUGUGAUUCUGAGCAAAUUUAUAAAAAAGGGUUGAAAAAAAUGAAAGAUCGAUUCAUUAUAUUUAUUAUUACAUUACUGAUUUCAAUUUUGACGGCUUCAAGUAUUUUCUAUUGUAAUCGAAAUUCACCGUUUUUUCGUCGUGGUUUAUCUCAACAAAUGCGCCGGGGAAUGGAAGUAGAUGUGAUACGUUUGAGUGCUAUUUCAUCGCCAAUACCGGAUGUGCCAAGUAAAUACAUUUAUUCACAAAAACUUGGACAUAAAUCUAAGUACAUUGACAUGAAGCGUAAACAAGAAGAUGAUAUUGCUUUAAUUCUGGAAAUCAAACGUUUAGCUCGGCAAAUCAUUAGCGAAAAAUGAGCCAAAAUUUAUAAAUUGUCUUGAAUUUCAAGCACCAUAUGUAUAAUGUACUGUUCAAAAUAAACGAUACUCUCGUAUAUUCGAGCGUUUCUCU